GGAGGAGGGAGUAGAUGUUUGCAUUUGUGUGUGUGUGUGUGUGUGUGUGUGUGUGUGUGUGUGUGUGUGUGUGUGUCAUGUGUACGCGUGGCUGUGGUUCAGACUGUUGAAUGGAAGGGCCUUGUGCAGCUUCAGUCCAGCGGCAGUAGCCUGCUCGCUCUGCAGUGAAGCACAUGUACAACCCGAGUGUGUGAGUGUGUGCACGAGUGUGUGUAAGUGUGUGAGUGUGUGUGACCCCGUGUGACAGCGUUGACAACUAGCCAAGGCAGCCGGCAGCGUGCUGAGCGCCAGGGGGCAUUAAUUAUACCUUGCGGCAAUCGAUAAUAUUCGUAGAAGCCCAAUUUCUUGGCAGGGACUCCUACUUCAAUUUCUUAACUGCCAUGAAUUUCUGGAGUUCCCCCUGCCAGCAUCUCACCUUGCUGCUGCCACUGCCGCUGCCACUUCUGCUGCCACUUCUGCUGCCGCUGUGGCUGAGCCCUCCUCAGCAGGUAGAAGCCCACCCACAAUGCCUGGACUACAAGCCUCCGUUCCAGCCUCUAGAGCCGCUGGUCUUCUGCAAGGAAUACGCCAAGUUUGGAUGCUGUGAUUUGGACAGGGACAACCAGAUUUCCCGGCAGUUCUACCAGAUUAUGGAGUACUUUGAUCAUUCCGGUUUCAUGGUCUGUGGGAAGUACAUCCGAAACAUUCUGUGCCAGGAAUGUUCUCCGUACGCAGCUCACCUGUACGAUGCUGAGGACGCUAACACCCCCAUGCGGGAGCUCCCCGGACUGUGCCGCGGCUACUGCAACGAUUACUGGCAGCAGUGCCGGUACAGCCUGAGCCUGCUGACCAACAACAACAUCACCGAGACCAUCGAGGAGAACCAGGAGAAGUUCUGCGACUACCUGGAACUGAAGGACCCGGAAUACUGCUACCCAAACGUUCUGUCCAGCGACGAGCUGAACGCCAACCUGGGGAACGUCCAGGCCGACCGCAAGGGCUGCCUCCAGCUCUGUCUGGAGGAGGUAGCUAACGGUCUCCGUAACCCCGUAGCGAUGAUCCACGCCGACGACGGUUCUCACCGCUUCUUCGUAGCCGAGCAGCUGGGCUACGUGUGGGUGUACCUGGCGAACGGCUCCAGGAUCGACAGGCCCUUCCUGAACCUCACCAGGGCCGUGCUGACGUCGCCGUGGGCCGGGGACGAGCGGGGCUUCCUCUGCAUGGCUCUGCACCCCCGGUUCAGCGAGGUGAAGAAGGCCUACGUCUAUUACUCAGUUUCUGUUAAACGACAGGAGAGGAUCCGGAUCAGCGAGUUCACGCUGUCCGACACCGACAUGAACAUGCUGGACCACUCGUCUGAGAGGACGCUUCUGGAAGUUGUGGAACCAGCAUCCAAUCACAAUGGAGGACAGUUGCUGUUUGGAUUGGACGGAUAUCUUUAUAUAUUUAUAGGAGAUGGAGGCAGAGCUGGAGAUCCCUUUGGCCUGUUCGGGAAUUCUCAAAAUAAAUCGACUCUACUGGGAAAAGUCCUGCGAGUCGACGUGAACAAUAACGAAGACAGCGUCCCCUACGCCAUCCCCCCCGAUAACCCCUUCAUCUCCGAGAAAGACGCCCGGCCCGAGGUCUACGCCUACGGGGUCCGAAACAUGUGGCGCUGCUCCAUCGACAGGGGAGAUCCAAUCACGGCUGAGGGGCGGGGCCGAAUGUUCUGUGGAGAUGUCGGACAGAACAAGUUUGAGGAGGUGGACCUGAUUGAAAAAGGUGGAAACUAUGGAUGGAGAGCAAAAGAGGGAUUUUCAUGUUACGACAACAAACUGUGUCUCAACUCCUCCCUUGAUGAUGUUCUACCCAUUUUCGCGUAUCCACAUAAGCUGGGGAAAUCAGUAACAGGUGGUUACAUCUACAGGGGCUGCGAGAUGCCAAAUCUGAACGGACUCUACAUCUUUGGGGACUUUAUGAGCGGGCGACUGAUGUCUCUGAAGGAGGAUCCAGAAACAGGAAGUUGGAACUACACUGAGAUUUGCAUGGGAAAAGACAAGACCUGCCGCUUCCCCAAACUCAUCAACAGCUACUACAAGUACAUUAUAUCCUUUGGUGAAGACGAGGCAGGUGAGCUGUACUUCUUAGCUACAGGAGUGCCGAGUGCUUCUGCCAGAGCAGGAGUGGUGUAUAAAAUAGUGGAUCCAUCCAGGAGAGCGCCGCCGGGAAAGUGCAGCAAGAAGCCGUCGCCGGUUCAAAUCAAAGGCAAACUUAUUCACUUCCACCCAAAGGCGGAGUUUGUGAUCAACAAGAAACCUACGACAACGGCUCCUCCAAAAACCAAACCCACUACUAAACCUGGAUUAACCAUCAAUCAAACCAAGGCCAGAACCACGCGAAAGCCUCCGGCCUCAACUACAAGAACCCCGAAACCAACACCCACCCAAAAACCCAGAGUAUCCAACCAGAAACCUCAGAUUCCCAAACCAAAACCAACCUUCAGACCAGCAACAACAAACCCGGCUGUUCUCAGAAGACUCCAGACUCCAGCUGUUACUACGGUGCAUCCACAUCUGGACCGAACCACAACCGCAAGACCUGGAUAUGUCACGACAUUGAGGACAAGACAUACGACUAGACCUCCGACCACGCCUCGCCGGCCAAUCAUUCCAACACCAAACCCGUACCGUUUCUCAACCAAUCGACCGGUGACCACCCCCAGACCACAGGUAUUCUGGACUACAGCUUCCAAACCCACCUCAAAGGUCCAGCAACCCAACUUCACGAUCCCCAAAUCAGAAGACAAGCCUCCGGAAGGUGCGGCAGGCAAGUCCGACCAACCAGGAGGCAGCUCUCAUAAAAGGGGGCGGGGCAAAGGCAGGAAAAGAGGGAAAGGAGGUCGGAGAAGGUCCAGGGCUGGGCAGGUUCGACUGGUCAGUGCCGAUAACCGCUCAUAUCAUGGGCGAGUCGAGAUUUUUCUAAAAGGCGAAUGGGGAACGGUCUGCGACGACCUCUUUAAUCUCAAAGCGGCGGUGGUGGUGUGCCGGCAGCUCGGCUUCCCCUUCGCCGUACGAGUCGCCAAACGGGCCGAAAUGGGUCAAGGUGCAAGCGGCCUCAGCAUCCUGCUGGACGAUGUGGAGUGCGAGGGAUCGGAAAGGACACUGCUGGACUGCAAACGGGCGAAAAUCGGCAAACACAACUGCGGCCAUGAUGAAGACGUUGGGGUUGUGUGCGGGUAUGAAGAGGGCGACGUCGAGUGACGGUUCUGCCCGAGCUGCCGGGUUUUACUACACUCUUGAUAAUAAAGGUGCUUCAAAGGUUCUUUAAGGACCAGUUUCGGUUCCAUGAAGAACCAGGUUUGUAGUAGAGAUUCUGUAUAUAUAACCUAAGAUCUAAGUGGUUCUUCUAUACAGUUGUCCUUUUAAGGCAUUUUUAAGGGAUUUUGGCACGCCAGUCCUUUUUUUCUUCUAUAGUUCUUAUAAUACGCCAAAAAUUCUGAAACAUCCAGAAUUUUCAAAUCUAGACCUUGAAUCAAGUUUCCACCUCUGGAUUUCCAGUUCCAGUUCUUUUUCUUCUUCUAUUGUUUCUCUGCCUCAUAAUACGCGUCUUGUUAUACGUCCGAAAGUCUGAAACGUUUGGAUUUUUUAAAUCUAGACCUCGAAUCAAGUUUCUAAUUCUGGAUUUUGUUUGCAUUAGAAAUUUAUGGAACGGUUAACACAGUCCAGGCUAGGAUACUGGAUACUAUGUCCUGAUUUGAAGACAUCUAUCAUAAAAUAACCUGUUUUGGUUCCUUGAGGAACUAUGUUUCCAAGGGUCUUAACAUUUUCUUUAAAUAAUUUAAUUUGAUUUACUGUAAAAGUUCUUUAUUGAUUUAUCUUAUUUUCACCAAGUCCAAAGUAUACCAAGACCAAGUACAUUUAGUUUUGGUUUCACACUGCAAUUUAGUGUCUUUACAGACUGUUGUCAUCAUCACCUAAGUAGGCGAAGUCUUCCAAUACUUUAAAAUGAUUGGUUUGUAAAAAAGAGGCGUAUGUCAGAUUAUAAUAUGUUGUCAAUUCCUCAAGAUACUUUUUUUUAGGGGUUGUGCCAAAUUCUACACCCUGACAGAAUUUGACUUCCGAAUUUGUCUUUGUGCUCAUAGCACAUGGCUCUCCGUGUCUCUCCUAGUCUCCGCCUAUGUCUUCCGUGCUCCCAUCCGUGUUCAUUUGUAGCUCCGCCCCCUUAUUAUCUGUCCCCAGGGGUUUCCUGUUUCCUCCAUGUGUAUUUAAGCCCCUGUGGUUUCAGUGUUAGGUAGUCUGGUCUUGUGCAUGUUCUACGUCAGUCAGGUUGCUGUUUCUUUUUUUUCUGUUUUGUUAGUUUAUUUAAUGUUAAUUCUACUAGUCCUGUCUGUUCAUCUAUCUUAUUUUAAGUUUAGUUUUGGUUUAUUGUUUCUUUUCUUGUUAUUAAUUAACUGACGUAGGACAUGCACAAAACCAGACAAACUUACACUGAAAACACAGGGGCAUAAAUACACAUGGAAGGAAC